CAAGGAGAUUGAGCAGACGAGGGUUCAUUUUGAAAUACGACCGUUCGGCCUCCACCAGCAAUUUGCCGCUCAAAUCACCCAAAACCAACUACCCCCACAAUCCCCGCUCCUCGGCGACGGCGAGCCAUCCCGAAAUCCAUGGAAGCUCUCGCCACCCCGAAAUCCAUGGAAGCUCUCGCCACCCCGAAAUCCAUGGAAGCUCCAGAACCUUCUCUUCCGGUUGAUAAGGCCCCCAUCUCCUUCUCCACAGUAGAAGAUCUCCUCCCCACCGCCGCCAUGAGCCGCCGCGAGCUCACCGUCACCGGCUCCCCCUUCCGCGACGUCUCCAACCUCCGCACCCCAAAACCCAACCCCAACCCCAAAUCUCCCUCCCCGCUCUUCUUCACCGCCUCCAAGACGCCGCUCCCUGCCCCCACCCCGGCGCCCCUCGGCCGCAGCCGCAGGAGACCCCUCGCCGGCGCCGCGACCCCGGCGCCCCUCGGCCGCAGGAGACCCCUCGCCGGCGCCGCGACCCCGGCGCCCCUCGGCCGCAGAAACACCCUAGCCGGCGCCGCGACCGCGACGCCCCUCGGCCACCGCCUCCGCGCGCUCGAGCUCGACCAGUCGCGCUCCGCCCGCCGCGCCGAGUCCGCCCGCGAGCGCGCCCUCCGCGCCUUCGCCGCCUCCGCCUCCUCAUGUCUCUCGCUCCUGCUCCGCGACCCCUCCGCCUGCGGCUGCUCCCCUGCCGCGUCCGCCACGGCCACGCACGCAUCUGCGGCGGGCAAGCGCGGUGGCGAGCGGGUGCUCGGGAGCAGCCCGAAGCGGCGCCGUGGCGGGGAUCGUUGCGUGGAGAGGAGGAAGGCGAUGACGCCUGCUAUGGUGGCCGUGCUACGGGAGUCCCUCAGGGAGGUGUGCAGCUUGGAGGAUGUGGAGGAGAGGAUGGGCAAGUUCAUGAGCGCCCAGGCGUGCCAGGAGGUGCUCCUCAUGAUGUGCCAAAUUUGCAAGAACAUUGAUGAGAGAAGACUGAAGAUGAAAGCGCAUUGCCCUAUCGCUACUGAUCUUAGGCUGAAAGAGAAUGCUACUAGAGUUUUCAUGUGUUACAAUCCAGAGUGGCUCAUGAUAGGAUUACAUAUUGUCCUUGGGGGUGAUCUCCUUAUGAAACUUCUUCAGGAGAAGCAAUUGUUUUGUCAAAACAUGCCUCCAAAAACUUCUUCUGGAGACGGGAAACGGGACAAGGAGGAGGUUACCUUUCUGAAACUUCUUCUGGAGAAGCAAUUGUUUUGUCAAAACAUGCCUCCAAAAACUUCUGGGGUCAACAAAACAGGUUGUACUGAAGCAUCAGGCAACAUCAUACUGAAAAGAAUGUUUCUGCUUGUCGCUGCCCUAGACAGAGCGAAAAUGGAAAGUGCACUGCCUCUCAAAUCUGGAAUCGAUAGCCUUGAUGAUGGUGGAUCCCCUCCAUUGUUUUGUCACAAAGCCCACAUAAAAUCUAGCCGGCAAAUUGUUCAGGAGUCUUUGGCUGAGGUAAUGCAUGGAGAAGGUGAUCUCCUUAUGCAUCUAUCAACAAUGGGAUACAAACUGAAUUACGAGCAGCUUGCUCUGUCAGAAUAUAACUUCACUAUAGGAAAUUUAUUUGAAGAUCUCCAGGAUGGCAUAAUUCUUUGUAGGGUUGUUCAGCUCCUGCUUUCUGACGCAUCGAUUAUUUCGAGAGUGAUUGCUCCGCCAGAUACACAUAAAAAGAAAUUGCAAAAUUGCACCCUGGCUAUCCAGUAUAUCAAGCAAGCUGGGGUUCUAGUAUCUGAUGCAGAUGGAGUCAUAAUUUCAGCAGAAGACAUUGCUAAUGGCGACAAGGAACUAAUUCUUUCGUUGAUAUGGAAUAUCUUCAUUCAUAUGCAGUUACCCUUGCUGGUAAACAAAACUUCACUAGCUCGUGAAUUAUCCAGGUUAAAAGCACCGACACUGGAACAAUCAAUCUCUGAGACCAAGUCGCACAUGAGCUUGCUUUACGAUUGGAUUCAGGUGGUAGGUGCAAAAUAUGGCAUAAGUGUGGAAAGUUCGUCUCAGAUUGACAGGAGAGCGCUGAACUAUUUAAUAAGUUACUAUUUGAACAUUAGCAUUCAUGGCUGUCCCCUGAAGGAAACAUUUUCUGAUUGUCGAAAGAAACUGUUCAGUUGCCACGAGCAAGAUACUUCCACUGAUAUCAUGAGCUUUCCAUCUAGGAAAAUAGGAAAAAUUCUUGGAGACUUUCUUCAGGGUUUUCCAGCUAGUGACAUCUUAGCCAAUGAUGUAUUAUUUGAUGAAAAGGGUGCAAUAGUUUUAACUGCACUCCUAUGUUCACAUCUGACUAAUGAUAAAAGAUUGGAGCAACUACGGAAUUUUAUCAAUGCGAGAUUGGACUACCAAAGCGUGCAGAAUAAAGUUUCUGCUGCAAUUAUAUCUCCAAGAAAGAAUGAUGUGAAGUAUCAACCCCCUCAGACAGAUAACACAGAUGAUUCAUGCAGGAGACAGGAGCGGGCUGCUACUACUAUACAAACUCAAAUCAGACAAAUGAUUGCACAGAACAAAUAUCAUAAGCUUAAGACAUCAAUAUCUAUCCUGCAAGGUGCUAUAAGAGCUUGGUCAGCUGUUAACAUGAUAAGCAAGUAUAAGCAAGUAUGGCGAUCAGAUGGAGACUACAGCAGAUAUUUUAUUUUCAUAUUUGAAAGGCAUAGAUUUGUUCGAAUGAGAAGAUCUGCCAUUGUGAUUCAGCAGGCUGUUAGGAUUUGGAUUAGGGAAAGGAAUAGGUCUGAGAACAUUGAGCUUUUUGAAAGCCAUGAAUUCUUGGAUACUACAGCUUCGUCGAAAAGCCAUUGCAUAGAAAUGUACCAUGGUGAGAUUGAAACCAUAGCUUGCAAGGAUGCGGGUGCCUCAAUAGCUUCUGCUGCCCCUCAAUGCCUUGAUGAGACGGAAUGUAUAGACUCAACCACCAUUCUGCAGCUUGGCGACCAAUACAGUAACUAUGUAGCUCCUGCCAUUCAGCUCUGCAAUAGUGGGCAUGAGUCUGUAGCGUCUCCUAGUCCUCAUAGCAAGAGCGGCUCCAUAAAUACUGUAACUAAGCACCUAUUUGAAGAUGAGACUGCAAACAUUGCAUCAGACACUGAACUUGUGUACAAGGAUGACGUGGACUGUGGAAGCAAUAUUUCUUGUGGAGCUUCAUUCCAGCAUGAACGGCCUGUAUCUGCCCAGCUCGAUUUCUUACUUUGCAAAGACGGAAUGGCUGCUCGAAAGAUACAGUUUGCAUAUAGAAGAUUUGUACAGGAUAGAUCCUCAAGAAUGUCUGCUGCAACUAAAAUUCAGAACCACUGGCGUGGUUUCACCAUGCGGAUCUGUUUCAAAAGGCAAGUUGAAGCUACCAUUGCCAUCCAAUCUGUAAUAAGACAGAACUUGUGCAGCUGGGCUUUUCACCAGCAUCACGAUGCUGCAAUAGAAAUUCAGCGUAUUGCCAGAGGACAUUUCGCUAGAAAGAGGCUAUUGGGUUCUGUACUGCAAGUCUACUCUACCCUUUUUACACUUGACCAAAGUCAGCAUAAAAGAUUUCACCAAAGUGCUGAACUAAAAAUUGUGGUGUACUCAGCUUUAAGGCUACAAAGAUGGUGGAGGAAGGUCAUAUUACACCAGUCUAUCAGAAAAUCAGCCAUUGCAAUUCAAUCCUCAGUUCGUGGUUGGUUAGCUCGUAAACAAGUCAGACAAAUUACCUCCUGUAUCUGUCUCAUUCAAAGAUGGUGGAGAAAGGUUCUGUUUCUUGAAUCAAGGAAACGAGCUGUGACUGCUAUCCAGUCCCAUGUUCGUGGUUGGAUAGCACGACGUGCAUCUAUUAGAAAAAAGAAGUGUAUUACUAUUAUUCAGUCCUAUGUCAAAGCCUACCAUGUGAGGAAAGCUUCAAAGCAAGAAGUUGCUGAUAUAAGGUCUAGAAUACAGAAGGCUUCCAAACAAGUUGAUGACAACAUGCGCCUGAUCAGUAGGCUAAUUUCUGCACUGUCGCAUAUCACUGGCUGUAGGAGCAUCAGCAGCAUUCGACAAACCUGCACAACAUUAAGUACUGCUACAAAGCUUUCUGAGAAGUGCUGUGAGACACUUGUCGGUGCUGGUGCUGUAGAUAUUCUGCUGAAGCAAAUCCCUAACCUGAACCGUGGGAUCCCUGACCAGGAAGUCUUGAAGCAAGUACUCUAUACACUGCAGAACAUCGCAAGAUUCCCAAAUCUUCGACCGAUUUUAGUGAACAACCCACAGUUGGUAACCACUAUCUUCCAGGAGCUUCUGAGGAACAAAGGUGAAGUGUUCUUCAUCGCAUGUGGUAUUUUGAAGAAGCUGUGCGAGUCCAAAGAAGGGCGUGAGACCGCUGGGGCCCUGCGGCACCACAUAGGAAGGCUGGGCAGUAUGGUGCAAGACCUUAAGAAGAAGGUGGAGCUCGACAAGAGGUGUGGUCACACUGGAGCCCGUAAGGAGGACAAUUUGCGCCGGCUUGGGGAGGCUGACACCCUCUUCCAUUUUCUCACAGACGACCUAUGAUCUGUUAAACCUAAAAAGCUACUCCCUACGUUUGCUUUUAAUUGACGCAGACUGAGUUCAGCGCAUGUAGGUAGUGUCCGCGUCGAUUAAAUCGGGUCAGAGGUAGUACAUCUAGUUUACGUAGAAAGCCUUAGUUUCUGGAAGCGACUGUAGUCCGAAGGUAGAUCUCGUAGACAGCCAUGAUGGAACUCUGUGUGGGCAACUGAAUUGGUGCUGGUUGUUUUGUGCGAGUCGUGUGAGGAUGUAAGCAUCAGCUUGAUGUGCGUGACGUAGUGUCUUCUGAUGGGAAGGCCAAAAUAAUGGAUUGUAUGUUCUGACU